AAUUCACCUCGACCUUUGAUAAAUCUGCCCCUAACUUAAAGGUGAACCAUCCAUUUAAGAUAAUGGUAUAUAGUGGCAAUAUGACAGAGCAGGCAGUAACACAAGGGAAGGAAGCUGGGGGGCAGCACAAUAGGGAAGAGCUGGGGGGGGAGUCCAACUCUAAACUCCCCGCUCCUGUUUAAUAUUCCGCCCGCUCUGUACAUGUGAUGUUCGGCUCCUGUGGGAUUAGAACUCACGGCCUGAGACUGAAGCCAAUUUUCUGUGUUAAUCUCACAAUGUUUUGACUGGAGGCAGAUCCAGGGUUUUCUCCCCCUCCUCCCCUUUCCCUUGAGUCCGAGUGGAAACUCCGGAGCCUUUUCCCUGUGUUUUCCAUAAAGGGGCUGAGGGAUCGGCGCUCGCUGGGAUAGGAUAACGCACGGUGACCAAAUGGAAAAAAAAGAAAGAAGCCUCUCAAGUAAAUCCAGAUUGUUUUUGGGGUGGGGGGUGCGAGGAGAAAGGCUUUUUUGUUAUUGGCAAAGAAAAAAAAAAUCUCUUUUUUCACCGGCACAAAAGCGAUUGAUCUUUGUAACCAGCCGGCGAGACAAUCGUCCCCUUUCUCUCACCGUUCGGCUUUUAUACCCAGAGGUCAAUAAGAGAUGACUGUGCUCCUGUCCAUGAAUACAUUCUGCAGCCCCACUGCCCCUGAAGGUGCCACUGAUAUCCCCAAAUAUCACAGCGACUGGGACCCCCAAAAUCACAGCCGCAUCAACAGCUUGUCCAAUCAGAUCAAUGCCCAGCACCAGGACUACAGACUAUGUCACUCUCUUGCAGAGUCCCAUUACAGGGGGAUUUCACAUCCAAUCACAACAUCCAAGAUCUCAUACUUUAAAAGGAAAUAUGUAGAAGAGGAGGAUUAUCACCCGCCACUCAGCUGCUGUAGCCAUAAAAAUGUGUCCAUCUUUGAAGAACGCGCCCAUGUGCUGUACAUGUCCUUGGAGAAGCUCAAGUUCAUCGAUGACCCUGAAGUAUUCCUGAGAAGAUCCGUCCUCAUCAACAACCUGAUGAAAAGGAUCCACGGGGAGAUUCUGCUGCAGAACAAUUGGUGUUUUUCUGCUUGUUCUCUGGGGGGACCUGCUGCCCAAGAGUGGUUUGUAGCUCAGGAUUGUCCGUACAGAAAACGCCUGCGGGUUGCGAAGGAAGAGAGUAAUAGUCUGCAGGCUUGUUGCUUUUACCAAGAAUGCGGCAACCACUAUUUGAACAUUCCUUUCUCUGUUAGCUCAAGUGGAGGUAACUCAACAGCAUCUAGCUCCAGCCCUAGCUCAAUGCCUGGUUGCUCCCACCAUGGGGAUUACAACACGGCUGAUGCAACGUUCCACCGGAGCACUGGACAGUUUCCUUCAUGUGGGGGUUUGCUGACUAAUGCCAGACCACCAGGAAAUCAACCGAAAGCACACGCACACAAUGAGAACUCAACUGAUGAUAAGAAAGGUGGUCUUGGCGUUGGUCAUGAUGUAACCAAUGGGGGAAGUGCACUUGAACGUAGAGGUCGGUUCUAUGAUUUUUUGGCAGCGGGUUGUAAUGACAAGAGUAGCGUAAGUGAGCCUUGGAAAAAAUCUCUAAGGAAAAAAGAGGUUUCUCCAGGCAAUAAACUUUUGCGGUCAAAAAAAUAACGUUGGAGGACGCCCUUUUAUAAAAUGUUUUCCUUUGGUGUCUGUAAUUGAAGUAAGUAAGUAACGUUAUGCAGUUAUCAAGGCUUUUUGCAGUUUUAUAUGGUGAACCUAUUCUAAAUCGCUGAAGGUACUGAGAAUUGUUUUGGUUUUUAAUAUAUGUAAAGAAAUGUUGGGUUUGGGGGUGUGGACUAAUUCCUAGGGAUACACUAAUGUUCUCGACCCCACCGAGCGGGUGGUUAGUGUAUUUUUUAAGGUGCAUUUUUAUGGAAGGGACUGCAAAGAGCACAAUUUGACCAGACUCGGUUUCUGUCUUAGCACUUGUAUUUUGUUCUUUGGUUUGGUCAAAAAGAUAAGCUUUAAUGCAAAGCACAUUAUAAAAAAUUUCCUUUGCUGAUCUGAAUGAGCUAGGGGCGCUAUGUAAGCAUUUGCACAAUGAGAUGCAAUAGAUUUAACUUGGCCACAACAAUAGUAACAUGGUUGAAAAAAGACACGUCCAUCAAGUUCAACUUUUUAAGUCUAUAUAUAACCUGCGGAACUGGUCUCCUUUAUUACAAAUGAUCUGCUGAGAUAGUCCACUUCAUCCACUUGGCCUACCAGAUGAUCUCCAAGCCAAGGACAAUUCCCAUCAGCCCUUUUUUAUUUCUACCAUAGGACUAUAUAACAUUAGCACCAUCUACACGUAAUUAUUCUGAGAGUGGGCCUUGGUAUCAGGUUCUCAGGAAGCCCUAGGAGGCCAACCCAACAUUGGCUUCAUCUGUAAACAGUAACAGAAAAGGACAAGAGUUGUUUUUUUUUGUAUUUGCAGAAACAAUAACAAUCAAACAGGCACAACAACAUUCUUGGGGAGGGUGGAAGGGCAAGAGUAUAAAGGGCAACUAUGAGUUCUGGCUGACAAUUUUUAUCGCUGUUUCCAAAAUUGGUUUUUCCCCCCCCCCCCCAAGGGACUGGGUGGGGGUUGAACAAAUUCUGCUGACGAUGAUUAUGAAACAACUACUUAAUUGGAAUUUCACAUUAGAAAAGAAUGAUGUUUCUGCCACUGCCUGAUAUGGGUCAAAUAAAACUGGAUCAGGGUACGUUCAGAGGGCAAUGGAAGCCCACUCUUCCCACAUUGGCCGAUAAUGUUGGGUAAAUUGGGCUAUUUUGACCAAACUGGCCCAACAUCUGCUCAACGAGUGGACUGAGAUCUAUCUAAAUCGUACCUGUCCGUAAAUCUAUUUUGCCAGUGGAUGCAUUGGUGGGUAUAAAUGGUCAUAGGCUCUACAGGCUGCCUGGCUCUAGAGUUUUGUGCUCAUUACACGUUACACCUUUCUAUUUUUUGGGGCUAGGCUAGGUCCAUCCAAAUGGAAAGGUUUGGUAAAGUGUAGGUAAAGGGUUUGUUAGAUGUUAGACUAAGAGGACUAAGACCGUUCACACCAAGCAGCCAAUUACUGAGAAUGGAGAUGUGGUAUUUUGGGUGUUGACUAAAUGAGCAGAUCAUUGUUUGGUCGCCUGUAUGACCUAUGACCUCUUAUAGGCAACCGUGCAGUCAUUGGCUAAACAUAUGUAACCAGUAGGUCCAAUCAAAUUCUGCAAUAAGCUACAUUGUAUUCAUAGGCAUCUGUGAAUGGACCAAGUCUGAGUAUCAUGGGGCAGUCAGCCCAUACCAACCAACCGGGCUAUAAAUUGGUACCUGCACAUUGGUUGCCAUAAAUAAAUAGGCCUAAAGCUAUUUUAUACCAACUUAAAGGGAAAGUCAACCUAAAAAAUAAU